ACGAGUCCAGAAAGCAAUAUCUCUGCCGAUCCUCAGCCUGAGAUAGAAGAGACUACCGCAUGCGGCCGGACAAGCUUCUAAUUCGAUACUGCAACUAAGCUCAACAAGAAGUAAGCCGGUCCAGUUUUGUCUCGACUGGGUAGCUUAAUCCUUCAUGAGGUGAUAUCGAAAACUAGCCGAUCAUUUGACAAAGAUGUCGUGAUCUCGCCUGCCGAGUCAUAUAUCUUCUGGCCCCCCUUGCGAUGAUCCAUAGCUUUAAAAAAACUCCGAUACCACCAGCCAAAACUCCAACCAUCACAUCUCUUCCCCUGACAAGUCUGUAAGGGCUUCUUGUUGGCACAACAUGGGUCGAAAGCUAGGCCUUGUCCGGGCCUGCUAUCUGGCCUCGGCUAGUUGCAUGGGCUCUUUUGCUUUCGCCUUCGACACUGGUGUUAUUAGUGGCGUCCUCACACUCGAGUCGUUUCAGCGAGACUUUGGAUACGGGGAAGCGCAGAAAACAACAGUCAACUCCAAUGCUGUCUCCAUCCUUCAAGCCGGUGCCUUUUUCGGCUGUUUCUUCACGACGCCCAUCGCAUCCCGGCUCGGUCGUCGAACUGGCCUGAUUAUCAGUUCGCUCGUCUUCACGGUGGGAACAAUCUUGCAGGUUGUCAACGCCCAUACCCUAGCCACAUUCUAUGCGGGGCGCGUGAUUGCAGGGCUCGGGAUCGGUGCUGCCACAGUGUUGAUCCCCAUGUACUCCGCCGAGAUGGCCCCGAAGGAGAUGCGUGGUCGGCUCGGUGCCUGCUUCCAGUUGUUCUUUGCCUUGGGCGUGAUGAUCGCAUACUGGGUCACCUUUGGCGUGUCACAGACCCAACCGAACGAGACCAGGCAGUGGCAGAUCGCGUUGGGCCUGCAGCUGCUACCUUCGACUUUACUGCUGAUCGGGAUGGCCACCGUCAAGGAAAGCGCCCGAUGGCUGGCGGUCAAGGGCAAGAGAGACGAGGCUUGGGAGUCUUUGAAAUGGGUUCGAGGUGGAGAGGAGACCCCAGAGUUGCAAGAAGAAUUCGAUGAGAUUUUAGCAGGUAUUGAAGAAGAGGCUCGUGUUAGAGAUAACUUCUCCUGGCGUGAGCUUCUUCUGCCAGCAAACCGAUACCGAAUCUUCAUCGCCAUCACGUGCCAGUUAUGCGCGCAACUCUCAGGAAACACAAGUUUGGCUUACUAUGCCACACAAAUCUUCUCAGCAGUGGGCGCCGGGAGCUCGUCAAAGCUAGUGACAGGCUUCUUCGGCGUGGUCAAGGUAGUCGGUGUCAGCAUCUUCCAGCUCUUUGUUAUCGACAGAAUCGGGCGAAGGGUGCCAUUCAUGGUCGGUGCUGCAGCAAUGGGUUCAUUCAUGCUCAUCAUCGCUUGCGUGCUAGCGACUCACCCAACAAGUUCAGGUGGGGAAAGCUCAGGAGCGACGUCGGCAGGAAUUGCCAUGAUAAUCAUGGUUUAUGCGGAAGCAUUUAGCUUCAACAUGUCCUGGGGUGCGCUGCCAUGGCUAUACAUUGGCGAAAUCUUCUCGAGCCGGCUUCGAGAAGUCGGUGUUACGGUGGGCGCUGCGUCACAGUGGCUAUUCAACUUCAUGAUGUCCCAGGUGACGCCCCACGCUAUUGACAAUAUUGGGUGGAGGAUGUUCUUGAUGUUCGCGAUCUUCAAUUACGCGAUUGUGAUUUAUUCGUGGGUAUUCUUGAAAGAGACCUUGAAAGUCUCGCUGGAAGAAAUGCAGGGUGUGUUCGGGGCAGCCGCCCAGCACGACGGGAAGCCGACAACGGUGGAAGCGGAGGAGACUGCGACUGCAGGCAAGUAGAGUGGACAAGAACGUGCGGUAUUUUACAAUUCAAUUUUCGUA